UCUACUUGCACUUGACGUGCUUUCGAACUGCUAGGUGGGCAGGAGCAGGGACCGAACAACAGGAGCUCACCCCGUCGCGGGGAUUCAAACCACCGACCACCUGAUUGGCAAGCCCUAGGCUAUGUGGUUUAGACCACAGCGGCACCCAAGCCCUGUUUGGAAGAGACCCUUUAAAAUUAAUGAAUUUAAGUUAGUCAUGGUCAUUAAUUCAAUGAGUCUAGUCUAUUCAUGAGUUACCCACUGCCUUGCAGGACAUCAUCGGGAGAAAAAAAAGGCUACACAAAUCUGAAUGGAGUUCCUAAGGUAGUUUGAUGAUGCCUUGUAUACCUCCUUCCGGCAACUGCAGCCAAGUUGUUGCCAAACGUAUUGCUCUGCUUUCCUUUGGGCCACAUUAGUGAGGCUGAGAGGCAGCCAGGACCUCCAUACAUGCUGCCCAGGCUUGUGCCCUGGAGAAUUCACUUAGGUGCUGCUAACGCAGCAAAAACAAUGCAGGAGGCAGUAGUUAGAGCAUGGGUAGGCAAACUAAGGCCCGGGGGCCGGAGCCGGCCCAAUCAUCUUCUAAAUCCUGCCCACAGACGGUCUGGGAAGCAGCAUGUUUUUACUCGAUUAGAAUGUGUCCUUUUAUUUAAAAUUCAUCUCUGGGUUAUUUGUGGGGCAUAGGAAUUUGUUCAUUCCACACACCCCCCUCCAAAAAAUAGUCCGGCCUCCCACAAGGUCUGAGGGACAGUGGACCGGCCCCUGCUGAAAAAGUUUGCUGACCCCUGAGUUACCAGUCUCUGCAGCCACAGCCAGGCACUGUGAUUCUCCAGUGGUUUGACUUCACUUCCAGAGGCGAACUCUGUGGUCUCUUGAGACAGACGGAUGCUAACAGCAACUAUUCUGAAUGGACAACCGUUGAACCAGGUUUUCUCCCCACCACAUAUGUAGUACAGCUACCUUAGUUUCUUGAUGUCACACUGAUAGUUUCUUGAUGUCACUAUGAUGUUUCCCUAUCAAUGGCAGCCAUUUGAGGGUGAGUUGUGUACAGUAUGUUACAGAAGUGGCAGAGUUUGUGGUGACCUGUUAGGCAUAGUAUGUCCUACUUCUCUAAGAAUAUAAUAAAUAAAUAAAUAAAUAUGGGAGCAGACUCCAUAUGUGUAAUUUGCAUUUGCUGAGUUACCAGCUGAGACCUAGACUUCAAAUUCCUUUGUUGUUUAUUUCAUAUACACAUAUGAAAGUAAUUAAGCAAUUAAGGACCUCUGAUCCUUGUGACCUCUGAUCCUUAUGCAAUGAAGCGCAUACAGGUUCGCUGGUAAACAGGUUUGCUUAAGAAAAUGACGACAAAUGCAAAGACUGUCUUUUUGCUUUUCUUAGGAAUGAGCUUUGUGCAAAACAGCAAUUCAGAUAAUGAUCUGAAGCUUGACCAGGCCCUGCUCUCUGUCAACAAUUACCUUCCUGAACGAAUUGCUGCUUUCUAUGUCUCUGAAGCCUGCUACAAAUGUCUGCCUCAGCCUCUCCUCACGGUUUCACCGGCUUCCAUGGGAGCUCCUUCAAACACAAGCGUGGCGGUUAGUUCCCACUUUGCUCUCACAGUCACAAUGUUUGCAGAAGCAGAUGCAGUUGCCCCUGUUUGCAGUUGGAGAGCAUUAUAUGGAGAACAAGGCUGGUACUUGCUAACUGUCAAGCCCAUCAAGAAUACAACUGAAGUCUCUUGUACGUUAAGUGUGGAGAAAGAUCCUGAGAAUGGUUACAUCCCUUUGUUGGUUGCUUUUGCCUGCAUGAUUGCUGUGGCCCUCCUGUAUUUUCUUGGACUUUAUGUCUCCAAACUUCACUGUACCCGGGUACACUGCCAUUGCCUUCAACACAAACCUACUUCCAUUGAACUUAAUUCUGCAGAGAGCCCAAGACCAGUGGAGGAGAAACCCAAACGCCGAAGACUCCUUUCCCUGGACACAUUUAGAGGAUUUUCUCUCACCAUCAUGGUUUUUCUGAACUGUGGAGGCGGGGGCUACUGGUUCUUUGAGCACGCUGCGUGGAAUGGACUGACAGUUGCCGAUCUGGUCAUGCCCUGGUUUGUUUUCAUCAUUGGCACAUCAGUAGCACUGGCUUUCCAUGCAAUGAUGAAAAGAGGAGUGAGCCGUAUCCAGCUCUUGCGUAAAUUGACCUGGAGGACUGUGAUCUUACUCUUGAUGGGACUCUGCUUCCUUAACUACGGACCAAGAGAUGGUCCAUUGUCAUGGAGCUGGGCAAGGAUUCCAGGUGUUCUGCAGCGUCUUGGAUUUACUUACUUCAUUUUGGCUUUGAUGGAGACCUUCUUUUGCUUAAAAGACCUUGGCAGAUAUCAGUUUGAUAAUUGGUGGGCUCCACUAAGGGAUAUUGUUCUCUACUGGCCGGAGUGGGUAAUCAUGGUGAUCCUGGAGACCCUUUGGCUGUGCCUCACAUUCCUGCUACCUGUCCCUGGAUGCCCCAGAGGUUACCUGGGCCCUGGGGGGAUAGGAGAUGAUGGAAAAUACCCCAACUGUACUGGCGGUGCAGCGGGGUACAUUGAUAAGUUGGUGCUUGGAGAGGACCACAUAUAUCGCUACCCUACAUGUAAGGAGCUGUACAAAACCACUCAACCUUUUGAUCCUGAAGGCAUCUUGGGUACAAUCAACUCCAUUCUGAUGGCUUUCUUUGGACUUCAGGCGGGGAAGAUUAUCCUAAUGUACCGUCAGCAACCACUGAGCAUUUUAAAGAGAUUUCUCAUCUGGGCUGUUUUGCUGGGGAUUAUCUCUGCCAUCCUAACCAAAUGUACACAAAACGAAGGAUUCAUCCCCAUCAAUAAAAAUCUCUGGUCUUUGUCCUUUGUCACCACCCUGAGCUGCUUCUCAUUUGUCCUGCUGGGAAUAAUGUUCUAUGUUAUCGAUGUGAAAAAUUGGUGGGGAGGUCAACCUUUCAUUUUCCCAGGGAUGAAUUCAAUUCUCAUCUACGUUGCAAGCUCCCUCCUGAGCACAUACUUCCCUUUCAACUGGGAAAUGAAGUUUCCAAACUCCCACGCCGAACCCUUGUUUCAGAAUCUACUAGGCACUUCACUUUGGGUAUUAGUUGCUUAUCUCCUCUAUAGGAAGAAGUUCUUUUUAAAAAUAUGACAUCCUGGGAUUCAGGAACGUAAUUUCCUCCCUGCCCCCAGCUCUUGUAAUAUGAUUAUGAUAACUGACAAUCUCAAAACCUGAAUCCUACAUAGGAUAUGGUGGUGUUGCCGCUCCAUGUCUCUUCUCCAUCUCUUCUUGCAACAUGUGACAUAAAAAUGUGUGAUGCAACAGCACCAUCCCUGCAUCACAAUAAUAUGAGGCUGGAGUGGGGAGACGCCAGUCACAAUGCCAUUACAUCUCACUUUGUUUAAACAUUACAAGGAAAAGAGGCAGAAUAUAGAGAGAGCAGCAGCUCUUUGUCUCGUAUAGCAUCUGGCUCACUCCCAAAUCAGUCCCAGGAAUCCAGUCUCAGCACCAAGCAGCAAGACUGGUAAGGAAGUAUUCUGCCAAAACAGUUUCUCAUGGAUACCGAUUGGAAUUGACAAUGAAUCCAUUCCAAAGAUGGGGGAUAGAGAACUUGUGGCCCUGCAGGUGUUAGAUAAAUUCAAACUCCUAUCAGCCCCAGCCAACAUGGCCAAAGGUUAAGGAUGAUAGGAGCUGCAGUUCAUCAACAUCCAGAAUCCACAUGUUCUCCACAUGAUGCAAAAUGUUGUAUUGGAGCUGGCCCCAAAUAUCAACAAUGGUAUGAACUUCUGCCAUGAACCAAAUACGUUGGUACUGAAGUUUAGCUGGUUUCACUGAUUCUUUGUGUACUUGUUCCCUUUUAUCAAAUGUGUGUCUCGAAGGUACAAAAUAAAUAAACAAGCAGCUUAAACGGUU